AGAAGAAUCAAAUGAAAGAAGAAGAAGACGCAUGCCCGGGGAUGUAAAUAAAGGAUAAAUCGCCAUGUUUGACUGAUGGAUCGAAGUUAGUUGGUUUCUGUUGGAUCAGAACCAUCCAAUUAGUGCAGUUAUUUGUCUGUGUAUAAUAUUAGCUUCGGUUCGGUUCAAUAUGCAGCAUCUCAGAACCGCAGGGGAAACUUUCAGCCGUCAGGCCGAACUGGUUCUACAGCUGCUGCUGGACGCUGCGGUCGAAGUUGUUCUGGGCCAGCAGGAACCGGCGGUACCACAGGAGGUUCUACUGGUUCACCGGGAAACAGCUGUUGAGGAGGUUCUGCUGGACCAGAAACAGACAACUUUGGAGGACUUGCUGGGUCACCAACAGCCAGCUGCUGACGAGGUUCUGCUGUAUCCGAAACCAGAUGCUAAGGAGGUUCUGUUGGGUUCAGCGUUGCUGAACCAACCGGAGCCACGGAGUGGUUCUGUUCUGCUGGGCCAGCAGGGAUCAGAGGAGAAGCGGAAGCAGCUGAGCAGCAUGCUGCUUCUGAUGUCCAGGGAGGCGGUCCGUAAGCUCUGUGGUGUCUUCAGAGAACUCUACCUGAACAUCCUAACAGAAAACCAGGCUCUGAAGGACAAAGUGAGAAGUCUGGAGGGGGAGGAGCCACAGAGCCCGAAACCCUGUGUACCUGGGAAGAACCACAAGGUUUCUAAAGUUCGAUCAGCAGUCAGAUCAGCGGAACAUCAGAUGGUCUCCGGCUCUGCUCAGUCCACGAGCACCGAUCCGGUUCCGUUGGUCUUCAUCCAGGACGUCAGUAGGCAGAAGAGCUCCUGCGCUCAGGAGCUGCAGGAAAAGACAGAUCCGGGUUUUUCAGAUUCGCCGGAGGUGGAGGCUGAGGUGGUUUUAGAGACGAUCCAGAUCUAUACAGAAGCUGUUGCUGAAGGUGAGCCCACCAGAGAGCUUCCAGCUGAAGAUACGGCCCUUCUAGAAGAAGUUGGGACCAUGGCAGCAGAAACAGUAAUAGAACCAGAAGAACUGGACCAGGCUGGUCCGAAGGGUCUGGAGAUUCUAACAGACGCUCUGUUUGUCUCCUCUCGUUGUGCAGCUCAGAGUGAGGAGCAGCAGAAGGAGCAGGAGAGGCUGAGGAGGAGGGAGCUUUACAAGAAGAAGAGGUUCUUCUGUGAGCUCUGCAACAAAGGGUUCCAUCAGAACCACCAGCUGACCAAACACAUGGCGAGCCAUCGCAAACCUUUCCCCUGCAACUCCUGCGAUAAAGGCUUUUACAAAGCUCAGACGCUGCACAAACACCAGCAGAGCCACCAGCUGAGGGAGGCGCAGGAGCGCGACCCUGACAAGUUGCUGCAGUGCGACCAAUGCAGUAGGAAGUUCCGGCUGCUGCGACAGCUCCGGGUCCACCAGGCCUCGCAUCGCCAAGAGAAGACGCCUCUGAAGUGCCACGCCUGCGAGCGCACCUUCACCUCCGCGGCCGCUCUCAGGUCCCACGGAGCUUCACACGCCAAAGUAAAGCCGUUCAUGUGCGACGUGUGCGGGAAGAGUUUCACCAGGAAGAAGAGUCUCAGAGAGCACCAGACGGUCCACACGGGGGCGCGGCCGUACCCCUGCCAGACCUGCGGCAAGAGGUUCUCCACGAGUGGGAACCUGCGCGUCCACAAGAGGUCGCAUUCGGACGAGCGGCCGUUCAAGUGCACGGAAUGCGACAAGGCUUUCAAAUGCAGGAUGGGGCUGAUCCAGCAUCGAGUCGUCCACUCGGGAGAGAAACCCUUCACCUGCCAUACCUGUGGGCUGAGCUUCGGCCUCAAAUACAACCUGCAGCGACACUUGCACCUCCACAACGGAGAGAAGCCCCACAGAUGCCACCAGUGUGGGGAAGGUUUCUCUGGAACCUGGGCUCUGAAGACCCACAUGCUGGUCCACGGUGUGGAGAAGCCCUUUAUGUGCGACUGCUGCGGGAAAACGUUUUUCUACAACUGUCAGCUGCAGAAACACCAGCAGCUGGUUCAUGGCGAUCCAAACAGCCGGCUCUCCAGAACAGAGAACGGCCGGCGGAGAUCCGGCGGAGCAAAACCGUUCAGCUGUAAAAUGUGUCUGAAGAGCUUCAGCAGCACCAGCACUCUAAGGAUCCACGAGAAGAGCCACCAGCAGAACAAAGAGUUCACCUGCAACACCUGCGGGAAGACCUUCCACCUGGGACACAUGCUACGCUACCACCAACGCCAGCACAGCGGCGACCGGCCGCACGUCUGCUCGUUCUGCAGCAAAGGCUUCCUGCAGGCGUCGCAGCUGAAGCAACACGAGCUGCUGCACACCGGGGUCAAACCUCACCGCUGCGAACAGUGCGGCAAAGAGUUCAGGACCCCUCAGAACUACCACCGCCACCUGCUGGUCCACACCGGAGAGAAGCCGUACCAGUGCAGCGUCUGCAGCCGGAGUUUCAGGCAGUCCAACCAGCUCAAGUCCCACAUGCAGAUCCAUACCGGCAUCAAGUUGUACUCCUGUGACCGCUGCCAUCUGGGCUUCUCCGACUCCCGGCAGCUGAAGAAACACAGCUGUGGUGACGACUCCCUGGACACGCUGGAGUCAAGCACCAAAUGCAGGACGCAGACGGAGGUUUUUCCCUGGACACAAUUAGAAACUUCAGAGUUUACAGAAAAUAAUUAAACACUGCAAAUGUUUCAGACGUCCAGACUUUACUAUAUGGAGACCAAUGUCUGAAUGCAAAUGGAGGACUUCUUGAUUGUUUGGUGCUUUAUCUUGAAACUCAGGGAUGAAUUCCUUCAGUUAUGUCACAGCAGUGUGUCUCCUUCAUGUUUCUGUUGUUUGUCUUUGAAUCAGCUACAUAACCUAAAAUUAUCCAGCUCUGAUUGAUCCAUCAGCUGUCCAAAUAAAAACUGAUCCAGGCGUCCAUGUUUGGUUCAAACACGGACCUUCAUGGAGGGAUUUUUGUUCAAAUAUUGUAAAUUGGAAUUUAAAAAGCAAAUACUUUGGAAAUAAAACUGAAAAAUAUCUUAUUUUAUGGCCAAAAAACAGGCUUAAAAUGGAUUGCAACUGGACUUUUACUCAGUUUUUUUUUAGAUGUUUUGACACCUAUCCAGGAGUCUUUGUCAGUUCUGUUUGUUCACACCAGAGCAAGCUCUACACCAGGGGUAACUGAUUAAAAACCAGCGAGGUCCAAAUUAAGAAAAUCAACAACCAGUAAAGGUCCGGAGACAUUUUUUAUUAUAACCCGUUACUUUAAACAGAAUUUAACACUGAAAUAAAAUAGGGUGUUUAUGCA